CGCCGCCGGACCGGCGCGCUGCAGCCAAUGGGUGACGUCGCCGUCGCCUCCGUCACAGUCCGGGCAGCCAAUGGUGGUAGCGCUCGGCGGCUCGUGGCUCUUUCGCGGCAAAAAAGAUUUGGCGCGUAAAAGUGGCCGGGACUUUGCAGGCAGCGGCGGCCGGGGGCGGAGCGGGAUCCGGAGCGGGAUCUAGCCCUCGCCUCGGCCUGCCGCCAUGGGCCCGCGCCGCCGCCGCCGACUGCCACCCGGGCCGCGCGGGCCGUGAGCGCCAUGGCCGUGGCCGGGGCCCCCGCGGGCGGCCCUUGCGCGCCGGCGCUGGAGGCCUUGCUCGGGGCCGGCGCGCUGCGGCUGCUCGACUCCUCGCAGAUCGUCAUCAUCUCCACCGCGCAGGACGCCAGCGCCCCGCCGGCCCCCGCCGGCCCCGCCGCACCGGCCGCCGGCCCCCGGGACCCUGACCUGCUGCUCUUCGCCACGCCGCAGGCGCCCCGGCCCACACCCAGCGCGCCGCGCCCCGCGCUCGGCCGCCCGCCGGUGAAGCGGAGGCUGAACCUGGAAACUGACCAUCAAUACCUGGCCGAGAGCAGCGGGCCAGCUCGGGGCAGAGGCCGCCACCCAGGAAAAGGUGUGAAGUCCCCAGGGGAGAAGUCACGCUAUGAAACAUCGUUGAACCUGACCACGAAACGCUUCUUGGAGUUACUGAGCCGCUCGGCCGAUGGGGUGGUCGACCUGAACUGGGCGGCUGAAGUGCUGAAGGUGCAGAAACGGCGCAUCUACGACAUCACCAACGUCCUGGAGGGCAUCCAGCUCAUCGCCAAGAAGUCCAAGAACCACAUCCAGUGGCUAGGCAACCAUGCAACGGUGGGGAUCGGCGGGCGGCUUGAAGGAUUGACCCAGGACCUCCAGCAACUGCAGGAGAGCGAGCAGCAGCUGGAUCACCUGCUCCACAUCUGCAGCACCCAGCUGCGUCUGCUCUCCGAGGAUGCUGACAGCCAGCGCCUGGCCUAUGUGACCUGCCAGGACCUUCGUAGCAUUGCAGACCCUGCAGAGCAGAUGGUCAUGGUGAUCAAGGCCCCCCCCGAGACCCAGCUCCAAGCCGUGGACUCCUCGGAGAACUUUCAGAUCUCCCUUAAGAGCAAACAAGGCCCCAUCGACGUUUUCCUGUGUCCUGAGGAGAGUGUGGGCGGAACCAGCCCUGGAAAGACCCCGUCCCAGGGGGCAGCUUCGGGGGAGGAGGACAGGGCAGCUGACCUUGCCACCGCGGUGCCACCACCACCAUCGUCACCUCCCUCAUCCCCUGCCACGGAUCCCAGUCAGUCCCUGCUCAGCCUGGAGCAAGAGCCUCUGCUUUCCCGGAUGGGUGGCCUGCGGGCCCCCGUGGACGAGGACCGCCUGUCCCCACUCGUGGCGGCCGACUCACUCCUGGAGCACGUGAAGGAGGACUUCUCCGGCCUCCUCCCCGAGGAGUUCAUCAGCCUGUCGCCCCCCCACGAGGCCCUCGACUACCACUUUGGCCUUGAGGAGGGUGAGGGCAUCAGAGACCUCUUCGACUGUGACUUUGGGGACCUCACUCCCCUGGAUUUCUGACGGGGCUCAGGGGGACCAGGGCCUCCUGAGAUGCCCACCCCGUCUCUGCAGCCCUGGAGCCCCCUGCCCCUGGCCGUCCUAGCCUAAUUGGAAACAUUUAAUUUAUGCCCCUCUCUCCUACCUCCAGAGGCUUCUAGCUCUGGAGCCUGGCUCCUGCCAGGAGGCUGAGCAAGCCAGGAAGGGAAGAAUUCUGUUUGUGGUGUUUGUGCAUGCACCCAAGCCCCGACGUGUGUGUCCACGGGGUGAGUGGUGUGUGAGCAUGUGUGUGUGCAUGUCCCGGGGAAUGAAGGUGAACACAUCUGUGCGUGCACUGAAAACACGCCCCAGUGUGUCCACGUGUGUGUGCAUGAGUCCAUGUGUGCGCGUGGUGGGGGCUCUUAACUGCACUUUUGGUCUUCUUGCUCCAGGGGCCCCACGAGGCCCAGGGUGGCCACCUGCCCCCAGAAUCCUGUGUGCUGACCAGGCCAGGUGGUGAGGCCUUGGCCUGCUUGUUGGCAGGACAGCGAGAGCACUUCUAUCGUCUUAAAGGUUUUUCUGAUUGAAGCUUUAAUGGAGCGUUAUUUAUUUAUCAAGGCCUUUUUGGCAAGCUUGGGGCAUCAGCAAAGGGUAGGAGGGAUGUGGGACUGGUGCCGCAACUCCCUUACCCCCGAGUGAGGGCAGGGGUCCUUGAGCUGUUCUUUGCCCCACUCCGAAGGAGCUGAGGCCUGAGUGGUUUAUUUAUUCAGAAAGCGAGGGAGGGAGACACAGACUGACUGACUGACAGCCAUGGGUGGAUUGAGGGGGUGGUCCCUCCCCACGGGGUCCCUGCAGGGCCCCAGCUGCCCCCAGGAUGGAUGUGAGAUGGGAGAGGUGAGUGGGGGACCUUCACUGACAGGGUGGGCGGGAGGGGUGGGGUGAAGGGCCUCCCCCCCCAGCCCAGACCACAGGGGCCCUUCCUGUGGCGUUUGAAGUGCCCCCUCCACCCUACUUCUUGCUCUGCCCCACCCUCCAAUCUGCACUUUGAUUUGCCUUCCUAACAGCUCUGUUCCCUCUGCUUUGGUUUUAAUAAAUAUAUUGAUGGUGUUUGG